UGGCUUUCUUUUUCCUCUUCUCUGCUCACCACCUUCUCCGCCCGGGACCCACCAGGUCUGAUCCCACCCCUCAGCUAUCCUGCCUUGAGCCCUCCAGGCCGAGAACUCUAACGCUGCCACCACAAACGACUCCAAGCUCUAAAGAUGAACAAGGAAGCCACAGAGGUAUCCGAGAACAACCACCACCUGAAGGUUUUCCUGCCCAAGAAGCUGGUGGAUUGUGUCCCAAAGUGCCCUGCCCUGCCGAAAGAGCGCCUGCGCUGGAACACCAACGAGGAAAUUGCUUCUUACUUGAUCACCUUUGAGAAGCAUGAAGAGUGGCUGUCGUGCUCCCCCAAGACCAGACCCCAGAACGGCUCCAUCAUCCUGUACAACCGGAAGAAGGUGAAAUACCGGAAGGACGGCUAUUGCUGGAAGAAGCGGAAGGAUGGAAAGACCACCCGGGAGGACCACAUGAAGCUCAAAGUGAAAGGGGUCGAGUGUCUCUACGGCUGCUACGUCCACUCUUCCAUCGUACCUACAUUCCACCGGCGCUGCUACUGGCUGCUCCAGAACCCGGAUAUUGUGCUGGUUCACUACCUGAACGUCCCGGCGAUCGAAGACUGCGGGAAGGUCUGCGGGCCCGUCUUGUGCUCCAUCAACAGUGACCGGAAGGAGUGGCUCAAGUGGUCAAAGGAAGACCUGGUGGGGCAGCUGAAACCCAUGUUUCACGGGAUCAAGUGGACGUGCAGCAAUGGGAACGGCACCACGGAAUUCUCCAUUGAGCAGCUGGUCCAGCAGAUCCUCGAGAGCCACCAGGCCAAGCCUCUGCCCCGGACGCACGCCUGCCUGUGCAGCAGCAGCACCAGCCUCGGGAGUCCCGGCCACGUCCCCCACAAAUGCAGCAGCACGAAGCACCGGAUCAUCUCCCCAAAAGUGGAUGCCCGUCCUUGCCCCUACCCUGCGCUGACAGAGGUCCAGAACAUCUCCAGCGGGGGCCCUGAAGCGAAAGCGGAGCCGGAGCCCGGCCGGACGCCUCGACCCGACACCAAGGACCUGAAAGGGGCCAAAGGGGCUCCCCCCGAGGUGGCCGACGCCGCGCCGGACUCCACGCAGCCCUCGCCCGGCCAGGCCCAGCCCAAGGGCGGCCUCCCCAAGCAGGAGCUGCCGGCGGUCACCCUCUCCGUCGGCCUCCCCGGGAGCACCAUUUUGGUCAUGACAGGGCUCGUCAAGCCGGAGGCCCACGAGAGCCCCGCCACCGCUGCGCCCCCCACCUACUCCCUCUACGUGCCCCCCAACCGCUUCUUCAUCCAGGACGACGGGGCCCAGCCGGGGCCCGGGGACCCCUUGCCCCCCUCAGCCGCCGAGACGGAGGCCAAGCACAGCCCCGAGACCCCCAUGGAGACGCGCCGGGCCAGAGGGUUCGGGGCCGGGCCUCACGGACCCUCUGGCCGAGCCCUGCUACGCAUCCGAGGCGGCCCCCAGGGGCUCCCCCCAGCCCCUCGUCUCCAUCACGGACUUCUCUCCCGAGUGGUCCUACCCAGAGGAGCAGCCCACGAGGCCGGCGUGGUCCUGCUGCAGGUGGCCUGCGACGCCCGCGUGGUCUCCCUGUCCGUCCUCUUCGAGUAUCGGGCCCGGAACUUCAUGGCCCUGCCCAGCACCCAGCUGGAUUGGCUCUCUUUGGACGGAACUCGGGUGCCCCUCCGCGCCCAGCCCAUGGUCUCCAGCUUCCUGUUGGUGGAAGGAACCCAGGCGUCCUGCCCCCCCCCAGGAGGCACGGCGUCCUUGGAGCCGUGGAGCUCCGUCCUCUGGUCGAGGGAGGGAAGGCGGCUGGAGCAGAUGGAGAAGCGCAUGGCCGAAAUGGCCUCGCCCGCAGCCUCUUCCGGGGCCGGCCAAGCCCAGCAGAGGGGGGAGAAAUCUCCCGGCCAGGCCCCAGCUGCCUCGGACUCCUUUGAAGACCGCAUCGUGGCACUGUGCGAGAAGAUGAUGUCCCAGCCCUGCUGGCUGCGCUCAGAGACCCUCGUCCACCAUGUCAGUUUCCGGGGAAUGACCCUCCUUCACCUGGCGGCCGCCCAAGGCUACACCCGCCUGAUCGAGACCCUCAUCAAGUGGCGGAACCUCAACGCUCAGAGCCUGGACCUGGAGCAGGAAGUGGACCCCCUCAACGUGGACCACUUCUCCUGCACCCCUUUGAUGUGGGCCUGUGCCCUCGGCCACUUAGAAGCCGCCCAGCUGCUCUACCGCUGGAACAGCCGUGCCCUCGCCAUCCCGGACUCCCUGGGCCGCCUCCCCCUCACGGUCGCUCGUUCCCGCGGCCACGUCAAGCUGGCCAGUUGCCUGGAGGAGCUGCAGCGCCAGGAGGACGCGUCCCCCCAGGAGCAGCCCGGCCCAGAGCCUCCGGCAGAAGGUCCUGGGGGGGCCAGCAAGGCCAGCAGCGCCCCACAGAGACCCACAGAAGCACUCUACAUCCCCUCCCCGCUCUCGGCUAGUCCAGACACAGGGCUGAGCACCGCCAGCGGCGUCUCCUCCCCCUCCGAAUUCUCCGAGGGCUCCGUCUCCCUCACCUCUGCCUACUCCAGCGGGUCCGCCUUGCGGGAGUCUCCGGCCGACAGCCCCGAGGCGGAAGGGGCCGCCAUGGACGUCUGCCAGGCUCCCAGGGCCGCUCCCGACAGCCUCUUGGGCUGGUACCUGCCGGAGACCCCCAGGCCCCCCAGUCUGCCUCAUGCCCCCUUCUUCAUGGACUAUGACGAGGAGGGGGCCACGGGCCACGCCGGCGGCCCUGAGCCAGAGAUGGCGCCCGAGCUUCUGGACUACGGGGAGAACGCAGAGAACGAGGGGUAUCUGCCGGCCACGGAUGUCCUGCAGGUGGACAUGAUCACGCUGGCGAAGCAGAUCAUCGAGGCCACGCCGGAGCGCAUCAAGCAAGAGGACUUCAGCUCAGCCGAGGCGCCUCUCCGGGAGCGGCCGGGGAACCUGGGCCUGAACGAGACCAUGUCCUGGCUGGCCAGCUACCUGGAGAAUGUUGACCAGCUGCCGAGCGUCUCCCAGCGACGGUCUUUGGUUUCCUCCCCUUCGAGCCACUCCUGCCUCAGCCCCCUGCCCUCCCCACUAGGCGAGCUGUCCUUGGAUCGCCUCCCUCCGCCCCCCACGGCGGCCAGCUGGGCAGAGUUCCUCAACGCCUCGGCCAACGGGAAGAUGGAGAGCGACUUUGCCUUGCUGACCCUCUCCGACCACGAGCAACGGGAACUCUACGAGGCUGCCAAAAUUAUCCAGACUGCCUUCCGCAAAUACAAGGGCCGCCGGCUGAAGGAGCAGCAGGAAAUGGCGGCCGCGGUCAUCCAGCGAUGUUACCGCAAGUACAAACAGCUCACCUGGAUUGCCCUGAAGUACGCCCUUUACAAGAAGAUGACCCAGGCGGCCAUCCUCAUCCAGAGCAAAUUCCGGAGCUACUACGAGCAGAAGAAGUUCCAGCAGAGCCGGCGGGCGGCCGUCCUCAUCCAGCAAUACUACCGGAGCUACAAAGAGUACGAGAAGCUGAAGCAGGGCCACCGGGCCUCCGCCGCCAUCCAGCAGAAGAUC